UUUUUCUCUUCGGAUCAAGAUUGUUGUUCAACUGUCUGUUUAGUAAUUUAUUUUUUAAUUGUUAGUUAAGCUUUUUAUAUUCUAAUUAAAUCUUAAUUAAAAUGGUUUAUGUCCCAGAGCGUGUUUGGAUUGACCGAGGUCGUUAUCUUGAAGCAGAAUCAAAUUUCUUCUCUGGACAGGGUAAAAAAGCAAGAGAUGGCUCAGUCUUAACAAAACAGUUCACUUCUACUACUACUACUACCAGCAAGGAAACAAUUAACCAGCAUCAAGAGAAUCCUUUUAUCAGUGAGAUUAACAAAGUUCGACAUUUUAUUCAAAAUUCUCUCAACUCUACUUACUCAACUGGUGACGUUAAGAGUAAUGCCUCUCAAGAAGCGCUUAUCCAAAGAAUAGCAAGUCUAGAAGUCGAAAAUCAAGAACUUAAGAAAACCAUCGAUGAUAUUGUUAAACGUGUUGCUUCACUAGAGGUUAAAUGUAGCACUUGCACUCCACCGGUUACUGAUAAAUGUUCAGCUGCUGCUAAGCCAACACCAAAGAAAGCACCAGCUCCAGCCGAUGAUGAUGACGAUGAUUUAGAUCUUUUUGGUGAUGAUGAUGCACCAAAGAAACCAGUAGUUGCUCCAGUUAAGGUUGAGAAAAAGAAGAAGGCUGAAGUUAUCGCUAAAUCAUCAGUUGUAUUGGAAAUUAAGCCCUGGGACGAUGAAACUAAUAUGCAAGAGAUGGAAAAGUGCGUUAGAUCAAUUGAAAAAGAUGGUCUUCUUUGGGGAAGUUCUAAAUUGGUUCCAGUUGCUUACAAUGUAAAGAAAUUACAAAUCGUUUGUGUUGUCGAAGAUGAUAAAGUUGGAAUUGAAGAGCUUUCCGAAGAAAUCGAAGCCUUCGAGGAUUAUGUCCAAAGUGUCGAUGUAGCGGCCUUCAAUAAAAUUUAAUUACCCAAUUUAUUAUCGAUAAAAAAAACUAUGUAUCCAAUUUAUCAAUUGGCAAAUAAAUCGCAUUGAAUUUAACAACUUA